UGAUCGACCAAGAGAAGAUAGAUGUGAAAGAAAAAGGUGAUGUAGAAGAGAAACUGCAGGUGGAAGAAAGAAAAGAGAAUGAUGGAAAAAAAGAGCACAAAGAAUCAACAAUAGAUGAAAGUACGAAUGAAAUUGAGGAUGAAGUGAUGCAAGAAGACCGAGUCAUUGAUGAGAGUAUUGAUCAUGAGGACAAAGCGAUUGAUGUAAAAGAUGAAGCGAUGGAGGAAGACAAAAUCAUUGAUGAAAGCGAUUUAUUUGACACAGUUGACCAAGAAGGUGAAGACAUUGAUGUAAACACAAGGAAUCAAGACGGUGAGGAGGAUGCAGGCAACACAAAUGACCAAGAAAAUAAAGAGAAUGAUGAAAAAAUUGAGGAAGACAAAGAAGUAAUGAAAGAAGAUGCUGAUAAUGGUUGUGAAAAAGAAAAUAAAUUGUGUAGUGGAAAUGAAAAUAACAACAGUGUUUGUGAAAUAGAAAAUGGACAACAGGGUUCUGAGAAAAAGGAAGACGAUGAGUUACUAAAAAUACAAAUAAACAGUGACGGUGUAUCUACCCUUCCAGAUG